AUGCAUUACGGUACUUACGAACGACACGCUGACACUGGCAGCACGGCUUUCAUGGCUGCAAUGGCUGAAAUGGGUCUGAUGGGUUUUGUCCACACAUCUCAUGACCGCCUGACCUGGCCGGAGACAACAACCAGUCGAAUGCGGCGGCUAUGGAACGGCGACUAUUGGUCAAGUUUAGUUCAUCUGGUGGUUAGAGGAGGGAAACUGACGAGCGAUGCUCAAACGACAGAUGCGGAAAUGGAACGAUGGGAGGAGUGGCCUGCCUGGCGGCCGGCAUUUGUUAGUGUGAACAUUGGGUAA